CGCGUGACGGCCGGCGGGGGCGGCGGCGGGGGCGGGCCGCGGCGGCACGCUAGGCCGCCGUACUUAAGGCGCGCCGCGCCGCCGCCGGCGCCACUGACGCGCACGUAGACGCCGACGACAUGUGGACCCCUCUGCGCCUCUCCGCCUGUGCGGCCCUCCUGCUGCUCCUGGUCGCUGCCGCCCAAGCAUGGGACGUCAACAUGAAACUGACUGGACGAAUUAUGGAUGCAGCAAAGGAAGUGGACCACAAGUGCCGUGGAUCUACUGGGGUGCCAAGAGAAAUGCUCCAUAGAUAUGCUGAUGGGGAAACAGUAGAUGACGAUGAUUUCAAGUGUUACUUGAAAUGUAUUAUGAUUGAGUUUAAUUCUCUCUCAGAGGAUGGAGUUUUUGUUUUGGAAGAAGAAUUAGAAAAUAUUCCUCCAGAAAUAAAAGAAGAAGGCCAUAGGGUUGUACACAGCUGCAAACACAUAAAUCAUGAUGAAGCUUGUCAAACAGCUUACCAGAUACAUCAGUGCUAUAAACAGAGUGACCCUGAGCUGUACAGUCUGGUAGUUCGUGCAUUUGAUGCAACCAUUGAUGCCUGACAGGAAGUUGUUUCUGUCAGACAGUUAACAGUGAAAGGACUGUCAAAUUAGUCUGAGCUGUGAAAUGUUAUAUGGGUGCUUUCCAAAAUGGAUUUAAGUGGACUGUGUUGCAAUGUACACUGAAAAUUAAUAUCUGUACACCACAAUAAUAUGACCAAGUAAACAAUGGCAUCACAAAGUACAAUUCAAAAUAUUCUUGUAGAAAUGUUACUGAAGCCAGCUAGUGAUUAUUUUGCACUGAGGAAUAACAGUAUUUGGAAUGGUCAGAAACGAAGCAACUCUUAUUUGUACAUAUUACCAAUAUAUGAAAACAUGGAAAUACAGUUUCUAUCUGGCAAGAGAUCUGACCAGGCACGUAACAAUAAUCGUGUAGUAAACUUUUAUUACCUCCAUGAAAUACAUAUGCAGUUGAUGCUGGUGUCUCAGUGUCAUUCUGAACAUAUUCUGUUUGUGUAUAUGCUUGAGUUUUCUUGAAAAUUCUUGGAUAGACACUUAAGCAUGUCAAAAAUGGUUUGAUUCCUGUAUUAUAUCCCAUAAAAACACUAUGAUGUCUUGGUUCCAGCUUUCUGGUGCUGUUUACAUGUGCAGUGGACAUUCCAUGUAGACAUGUAUGCUGGAAGAUUUAUUUUGCUGUGAACACUGAUUCCAGAAAAAUUUUUAAGAAGUGUUUUCAGAAUGAGGAUACACAGACAAUUUGUACAAUAAUUUUCCUAUGAGGUGUAAACACUUAAUGUUAUCUCUCAUGUCUUUGGAACGUUUUACAAAUGCUGUUUACCAAAACAGAGGACUCCAUAUUGAGCUUAAAAAGAAAAUGGUUUUGGAAUAAUUUGUCCUCCACUUAUGCACAUCACAGUUUACUCAAAAACUCACUUUUGUUAUCAGUCACAAUGCAAUUAAAGAGUAUAUGUACCAUCACAAGUGUUAAUGAAUGUUUGUCAUUUAUGCAGUAUCUGCACUCUGGAUGUUUGCUGGUUAUGACUUUAAGCAACAAUUACCUGCUUUUGCUGAACAUUUAUUUGUUGCUCUUUAACAUCCGUGAGGCCUUUUUUCAUUUCUGAGGCUAAAGUUAUAAUUUCUUUCCAUUUAUAAUAUUGCAGUAUCAACUGUACUACAUUGCCCUGUAUCAAACACUUUUAUUACAAAAGUUGAAAUGGUAACACAUUAGAUGCCAGUAUUGAUAAACUAAUACUUACUGUUGCUAUUUUAUCACAAAUUUAUAUAGAUUACACAA